CCAGACAGUUCCAUGGCGGACAAGGGCACAGGGUUGAGGGAUGGCGCUAUUCUGGGAGCUAUUUAUCCGACUGCCACCCCAUCUCAACCUUCUACUGUCACUUGGUGCCCUUGUUUUGGGGGUCUAUGUGCUGUUUGCUAGGUGUCGUAGCAGGAGGCGUGUGGCAGCCAAGACAGACUCAGAGACUUCAAAGGAACAUAAAUUGAAAAAGAUCCAGAAAUGCACAGUCGCAGAGUCAGAAGAAAACCUCAGGAUGGAAUGCAGUGAAGGUAACCUAACACAUAUUUCAGGACUCACUGCGGACUGGGCCCAGGAAUAUAGACUCUGGUCAAUGGUCAGGAGUCUUCGACAGAUCAUCCAACACCUGGAAAGUGCAAGAUUAUGUCUUAUGGAACUGUUUUUGCUGGAAUCACAGGAUGUGACUUCUUCCGCCACCUCUCCUCUUGAGACUCAGGAAGCUGUUUCAUCAUCCUGUUGCAUCUGUGGGGAGGCAACGUCUUCCACUGAUCAUAGUAUAGCCUUUGGCUCAUCAAGCAAUACCUCCAGCCAGUCUUACCUUCCUGCCUUCUUUGAAGGGACAUCUUGGCAAGUCCAGAGCAAUCUUUUGCCUACUUCCCGCAAAAGGCAACCACCUGUGUUCAGGAACCAAGACACAUCCCUGCCACCUUUUCAGCUGUCAGAGCCUGAGGAACCAGAACUUCAGAAUGUGGAAGCUCUUUCACACUUACCGCCACCAGAUUAUUUUAUUCACUCUACGCUUGAAACCCCAAAUGUUUGCAAACAAGAAGAGAAAACAAAACAUAAGAGAAGAAGGAUUCCUUUGGUAUUAGAUUAUGAGCCAAAUUCUGUUUUGGAUGAAAGAAAACUCCCAGAGUGGGCUCUUCCCCGGAUGUCUCCUUUGGCUAGAGUGGAGCUAGAGGGACAUAUGUCUCAGAAGGUUCGUACUUUGCAGGAACAAACAGUACCUGUGCCUGUGAAAAAAUCAUGGGCAAUGCUGAAUUAUUUGAUUGAAGUACCAGGAGGAGUCUCGCAACUAGAGAACUCCCAAACCCAGUUAUCUACACUCAGUCAUCAAAGUACUGAACAAAAUAUCAACAGUGAAUCCCCAGACCUUCCAUCAUUUCAGCUUCAUGUGGACCCUAGAGUAGAAUCUGAAUUAAAUAGGACAGAAACAAAAAUUUCACAGUCACUUAUCUCAAGUAAGCAGUUACAAUAUGGGAGUGACCCCCAAAUCCUCAGAUCCAAACCCUUGGUUACAUCAAUGGGCACUCUACCUCCCGGACAUUUAGGAGUUAAUACAACUCAAGAAAGAACUGCUUUACUGAAGAAGGACUCAAAAUGUGUGCUAGACCUUAGUACAGAGCAGAGUGCCACAGAUCUUCCAGAAAAAAGAAUUCAGCACCAUAAUCCACAAGUGACUCAUAUGGAGCUGACACCAAGCCUUCCUUAUAAAGUCACGGAUAACAUCAAGAUAACUCCACUGGCAUUGCUUCAGGUCAUGGAUUCAAUGGGGAUGAUCCCAGAAUCACAUUCAGAAAUGACAGAAUCUGUGAAUUUGUUCCCACAAGCCCCAAACCAAGUUGUAAAGCCAAUGGAAGUCAUGGAAACAAUGCAUAUAACUCCCAAAUCACCAAGUCAAACAAUUAAAUCAGUGGAGGUAACCCCAAAGACUCAGCAACAAGUUGUAGAACCAAACAGGAUGUCCUUAAGACUCAAUCAAGUCAUAGAUAAUGUGACAAUAACUCCAGUAGCAUUGCUUCAAGUCAUAGAUUCUAAGAGAAUGAUUAAUGAAUCACAUCCAUAUAACACAGAACCAGUAGGAAUGACCUCAGGGCCACAACAUCAAGCCAUGGAGUCUGUGGAAAUGAAUACACUGUUGGACACAAUGAUGAUGCCACAACACACAGUCAUGGAAGCUGUGGAAAUGGCCCCAGAGCCAAAUCACGAAGUCAUGGAAUCAGCGAAUAUGACUUCCGGCUCACAAAGUCAAUUCAUGGAACAAGUAAAUGGUAGGCUAGAUCGAAUACAUCAAAACACAGAAUCAUUGGAAAUGACCUCAACACCAUUACAUCAAGUCGUUGAUCACAUGCAAAUAAUUCCAGUAGCACUAUUACAAACCAUGAAUUUCAGAGAGAUUCUGCCAGCAGUGACACAUGAUAUAGAAUCUGGGGGUUUGAUCCCAGGUUCACAGCCUAAAAUUGCAAAUUUGACCUCAAAGCCAAUUCAGCCAGAUGGUUUGACUUCUCCACCUAGCUCUUGUACUGUUAUUGCUCCACUAGGAAUUGUAGAAUCUGUGAGUUUACCUCCAGAGUCAUCACCUAAAGUGAUGGAAUCAGCAAGGAAGAUUCUAACACCAUCACAUCAAUCCAUGCAUUCCCUAAAUGAAAACUCAGUAGCACUGGCUUUACCUAUGGUUAUGAUCACAGAACCACAGUCACCAAGGGGUUUGACCCCUCAGCCAAUAUCUCAAGACAAGGAAUCUCUGGAAUUGACUUCUGGGUUAAAGGUUCAAGUACUAGACUCUGUGGGGGUGGCUCCAUCAUAUGAUCAAGGCACAGAGUCUGUGUCAUUAACCCCAGGACUGCCUCAUCAAGUCAUGGAUCCUUCAAGGUUGACCCCAUGCCAUCAAAUCCUAGAAUAUUCAACAAUGAGCCCAAGGCGAAGUCAUAAAGUGAUGGAAACAAUGGGGUUGAAUUCUGACACAUGCCUACACAUGAAGAAAUCUGUACAACUGACACCAUCACAUCAGCAAAUAACGGAACCACUGGAGACAAUCCCAGGGUCCUUAGGUCAACAUACAGAAUCUACAGGAAUAAGCCAAAAGCCAGUGCAUCAAGUACUACAAUCAUCUUUAGGAGUCACCCCAGAUUCAUUGAGCCAAGCUUCAGAAUCUAUAAAAAUGAGCGCAUCAUCACUCCAAGACAAUACUGGGACUAUGUUCUCUCCUGUAAAAGUGAUAGAGUUGACUCCAGAAUUACAAUAUACAGUAAAAGAAUCUCUGGAUUUGAUACCUGGAUCAGAGGUACAAAGUGUGAAAUCAGAGGUAUUGACCCCAGAGCCACAGCCCCAAGAUAUGAAGUUUGUUCAUCUGAAUGCAGAACCAUGUUCAAAAGUUACCAAUGUGUUGGAGAUACUCCUAAAGUCAGACUAUAAAGACACAGAAGCUGUAAGAUUAUCAUUUCCUCAAGUUGAUAAAACCCAGGAGGCUAUCAAAGAACCAUGUUCAGAAACUGGAUCUCUGGAAUCUGGGGGUUUGAUCCCAGGUUCACGGUCUAAAAUUGCAAAUUUGACUUCAAAGCCAACUCAACCAGAUGGUUUGACUUCAGGGCCACAUGAGAAAUCAGGAUCAUUACUGAAAAAUUUGAAAUCUGUUGAGUUAACUUCUGGGUCAUCCCCAUUACUAGUAGAAGCUACAGAAUUAAUUAUGAGAUCAAAACCAGACAUUAUUGACUUGACCUCAGGGUCACAACUCCAGGGAGUAAAAUCUAGGCAGACUGAGCCAGAACCACAUUUGCAAGAUACAAAAUGUGUGAAUUUAAACCCACAAUCAAGGACAAGAGAGGUAGAAUCUGAAAAGCUAAAACCAGAGACAAUGUUACAAACUAGUUUAUUGGAAGAAGUGACUAAGGAAGCAGAGCUCCCAAGUGUGAAAUCUGUGGGCUUAAAUCUAGACCCAAGGCAAUCAAAUAUCAAAUCUUCUGGAUGGACUCCAGGGUCACAGUUGCAAAGUGUCAGAUUUUCAAAGUUAUCUCCAGGGUCGGUUCAAGGAGAAAAACCAGUAGAUUUAAUCUCAAGGCCCCCACGCUAUGGUGUGAUACCUGAUGAAAUGACCCCAAGUUCCCCAAUGCGAGAAAUCAAAUUGUCAAACUUUAUCCCAGGGUCCAAACAUCAAAAUGUCGGAUCUGUACAGUUGACUCCAGUGGAACUAAAGUCAGGGCCAUGCUUGCAAGAUGCCAAAUUUUCAGAUUUGAUUUCAGAGCCACAUCAUCUAGGGUUUAAACCAGGAGAUCAGCUUCAAGAUACAAAAUCUGGAGGGUUUGUAACAAAAUCCUCUUUGCAGUUAAACCAAGGACUACAGGUUGAAGAUAUGAAAUCUGUUCUAUCUCCUGAAGGAUCACAUUUUCACAGCAUGAAACCUAGAAAACUGACCUCAGAACUACAAUUUCAAGAUGUGAAAUCUAAGGAAGUAAAUCAAAGGCAGAAAGACACCAACUUUUCUAAGUUGGUUGCAGGGCCAAGGCUUCAAGGUGUCAUAUUUGGGGAGCAAAUUUAUGGUGUGAAUUCUGCAGAGGUGACUUCAGAGUUAGGGCAGCAUGUUUCCAAAUUAGCAAAGAUGUCUCCAGGGGUUCAAGAUAUGAAGCAGGUGGGGCUUAAUGAAGAGCCAUGGCUACAAGAUGUUAAAUUUUUAAAUUUAGCACCAGGAACUCAAUCUGAGGAUAUUAAAUCUUCAGAGUUAAUCUCAGAGCUACAGCUGCAAGGUAUAAAAUGUUCGGAUCUGACCUCACAGCCAGAGAGACAAGGGGUUAAACCACAGUUAUUAGUACCAGAAUCAUGGUUUCAAGAUGUAAAAUAUGCAACAGUGAACUCAGUAUCCAGCUUUGAAGAUGAAAUCUCUUACAAAUUAGUCUCAGAGCCACAGAUACCAAAUGUGGAAUCUAUGGAGUUGUCAGCCGGGACACAGCUACCAUGUGUAAACCGUUCUGAAUCUACCAGAGGGCAAUGGUCACAAGGUAUGAAGUAUUCUGAAUUGAUCCAAGAGCCACAGCUAGAAGAUACAAAACCUGUGGAGCAGAUCCCAGUUUCAAGGCCUCAUCAAGGUUUAAAAUCUGAGAGGCUAUUCUCAGAACUACAGCCAGAAGAUAUGACAUCUGUGGAGUUAAUGCCAAGGCCACAUUUGGGAGAUAUGACAUCUAUGAAGUUAACACCAAAGCCAAACCCAAGAGAAGUCAAAUCUAUGGUGUUAAGCCCAGGGCCACAGACAGGAGGCAAAAAAGCUGGGGAGCUAGCCCCAGGUUCAGAGCUUCAAAGUUUAAAAUCAGAGUUGAUGCCUUCAGGAUCACAGUUGAAAGAUAAGAAAUCUGUGGUUUUAACUCCAGGAUCAUGUCUAGAAGGUCUGAAAUCUAUGGAGUUAACCUCAAAUUCCCAGGUGGAAGGUGCAAAAUCUGUGGAAGUGACUCCAGGUUCAAGAAUUCGAGAUUUGAAAACUGAGGAGUUAGUCCCAGGUACAAAGGUUCAAGAUUUGAGAGUUAUGGAACAGAAAUUUGGGCGGAAGAUGCAAGGUGGGGAUUCUGGGGCUUUUCCACCAGAUCCAUUGCUUCAAGUUGCUAAAUCAACAGAGGUUCCUGAAAGGCCUCAAACACAGAGUAUGAAACCCGAGGAACUGAUUUCAGAGUCACAAAUGCAAGAUAUGAAACUUGUGGCUAUUAUUCCAUUUACUAAGCUGCAAAAUUCAAAAUCUAUAAAGGAUACUCCAGAUCCACAGUUGCAAUGUGAAAAAUCUGUGAAGUCGGCCUCAAGGCUAAAGAGGCAGGAGGCAAAAUCUGUGAAUGUAACCAGAAGACCAGGGUUUCAAGGAGUAAAAUCCAUGGAUUUAGACCCAAAGCAACGAUUUCAUGGGGUGAUGCCAGUGAGUUUAACUCUUGAUCCUGAACAGGAUAGCCAGAUAUUUGUAAACUUACCAGGAUGGAAACAUGUAAAUUUAGAACAACUGAAGAGAGGAUUUGAGUCAGACAGUAUAAUGUCUUUGGAGUUAGUUCCAGAGCCAAAAUCUAAGAGUAUAAAAGCUGUAUACUGCAAUUCCAAGAUACAGUCGAAAGAUAUGACAUCAUAUGCAUUGGGUCCCAAACCAGUUAGUCAAGAUGUAAGAGCUAAAGCAUUCAAACAUGGACCACAGUUGCAAAGUAGGAAAUCUCCCAAGUUGAUCCCAGGACCACAGCUUCAAGAUACAAAAACUAUGGAGUUAAACAAAGAGCCACAGAUUACAGGUACAAAAACUACUCAGUGGAUAUCAAAAUCUGAGUUCCCAGAUGUGACCUCUGUAGGGUUAAGUCUCAGAUCAAAAUCUCGAAGUAGUACACCUGCAGAAUUGAAAUCUUCUAUACAGUUAGGAGGUAUGAAGUCAUCUGAAUUGACUCUAGGGCCUAAACUUCAAGGACCAAAAUCUACAGAGUUUAACCCUAAAUCACAGUUACAGUGUGUGAAAACCCCUAAAUGGUUCACACUACAAUGGCUACAAAACAGGAAACCAUUUGCAUCAACCUCAGAGCCACAGCUUCAAGGUGUGAAAAUUAUGGAAUUAAACAAAGAGCUACAGCUUGGAAAUAGGAAAUCUUUGCAGUGGAUACCAGGACCUGAGUUCCAAGAUGCGAAAUCUGUAGGAUUAAAUCUGAAGACAGAAUCUCAACGUGUCAAACCAACACAGUUGAAAUCUUCCAUACAAUCAGGAGGUAUGAAGUCAUCUGAAUUGACCAGAAGGCCAAAAUUUCAAGGUGCAAAAUCUGUGGAAUCUGACCUUGAGCCACAAGUACAGUGCGGGGAAACCCCUGAGCUGUUCCCAGGGUCAGAGCUACAAAAAGGAAAAAAAUUUGGAUCAACCUCAGAGCCACAGCUUCAAGGACAGAAAUCUGCAGAGAUCUACCAAGGGCCACAGCUUGGAAGUAUGAGGUCUAUUGAGUGGAUGCCAGGACCAGGGUUCCAACAUCUAAAAUCUGGGCUAAAUUUUGGGCCACGAUCUCAAGGUGUCACAGCUGUAGAGUUGAAACCAUCAAAACAAUUGAGAAAUGUGAAGACAUCUGAGUUGCUUCCAAGGUCAGAGCGCCAAUGUAUACAAUCUUUGGCAUCACUCCAAGAAUAUCAACCUCAAGGGUCCAAACCCAUUGAUUUGAAAUCUGGGCCAGAGUUCAGAAGUAUGAAAUCACAUGACCUGACUUCAAGGUCAAAGCUCUGUGAUGUAAAAUCCAUAGUAUUAAAGCCACAGCAUCAUUUGCAAAAUGUGAAAUCUGAGCUGGUGCCAGGACAACAGCUGCAAGGGAAACCAUUAAAGUCAUCCCCAGGAACACGGCCUCAAGGUAUGAAGCCUGUAGUGUUUAUGCAAGAGCCACAGCUUCAAGAAGUGAAAUCCAGGAUAUUAAGCCAUGGGCCACAAUUACAAAGUGAUGAAAUUGUAGAGUUGAACUCUCUACUGCACUUGAAAAGUAUGAAAUCACCUGAAUUGGCUCUUGAGACAAAACCUCAAGGUAUGAAAUCUGAGUUGUUCAACUCUGGGCCCCAGUGGCAAAGUACUCAGUUAAGCCCCUACUCACAGGUGGAAGGUGUACCAUUUUCUUAUUUGACCAUGGAAAACAAGAUUCAAGGUGUCAAAUCUACAGACUUCAAACCUCAGCCACAGUUGCAAGGUGUAAAAUCUUCUGAGUCAACACUUAGGACACAACUUCAAGAAACAAAACCAAUGGAAUUCAACUCAGGCCCACAGUUGCAAGACGUGAAAUCUUCUAAGUUGAUCAUGGGUAUAAAGCUUCAAGAUGUAAAAUCUGUGACUUUCAGUUCUGAACCACACGUACAAGGUAUGAAAUCUUCUGAAAUGAUCCUAGGGGGAAAGCUUAAAGGUGUGAAAUAUGUAGAAAUCAAAUCUAGUCCAAAGUUACCAGGUAAGAAAUCUGAUUUGAUCCUGGGGAGGGAGUUUCCAGAUAUGAAAUCUGGACAACACUUUAAAAGUAUAAAAUCCUUUGAAGUGGCACCAAGGACAAAACUUCAAGGUGUAAAGAUAGUAGAUUUCAACUUUGGACUACAGAUUCAUAGCCCAAAAUCAUCUGAGUUGGCUCAAGGGACAAAGAUUCAAGAUGUAAAAUCUGUAGAAUUUAACCAUGGUCCAAAGUUACAAGGUGCAACAUCAGCUUUAUUACCAAAGACAAAGCUUGAAGGUGGGGAAUCUGCAAAAUUCAACUCAAGCCUCCAGUUGCAAGAUGUGAAAUCAUCUAAGUUGGUCCCAGGGACAAAGUUGAAAGAUAUAAAAUCUAUAGACUUUGUUUCCAGACCAUACUUGCCAAGUGUAAAAUCUGACAUAAUUCCAGAGACAAAGCUUCAAAAAGAGAAAUCUGUGGGAAUUACGCCUCAGUCACCAAGGCAAGAUGAGAAAGUCUCUCAGUUAACUCUAAGUAAGGUACAAGAUAGGAUAUCUUUACGGUCCAAUUCUGCCCCACCAUUACAAAAUAGGAAAUUGUCUACGUUGACAUCACAAAUUAAUGAUGAAGGUAUAAAAUCGGUGGAAUUCAACCCAAGCAUCAAGUUGCAAGGUGUGGAAUCUGAGUCUAUAAACCUUCUAACAAUAAACUAUACAGAGGUCAGCGACGGCUUAGAAUUGCAGGUUGCAAAACUUUCUUCUGAACUCAAUGCUGGAAAUCAGCACCAAAAUAAGAAAUCUCAUAAAUUGGGACAAGGGUCACAAUUUGAAAGUGCAAACUUUACAAUGUUCCAUUCUGUGCCACAUAUGCAAUAUGUAAAAUCUUCAGAAUUAUGUCCAGCGACAAAGCUUCAAGAUAUGAAAUCUAUGGAAUUCAAUUCUGAAGAACAGUUGCAAGAUGUGAAAUCUUCUGAGUUGUCCCUGGGAACAAAGCUUCCAGGUACACAAUCUUCAGAGUUCAACCCUGGGCCUCAGUUGGAAAGGAUAAAGUCUUUUGAGCUGUGCACAGAAAACAAGCUUCCAGAUAAGCAAUCUCUGGAAUUUAAGCAUGAGUCUGAAUUACAAGGUGGGAAAUCCUCUGAAUUGAAGCCAAGGUCACAGAGUCAGGGUAAAAAUUUUAUGACCUUCAAUACUGGGUCACAGUUACAAGGUGUAAAAUCAUCUGAGCUGAAACCUACAACAAAGUUUCAAGAUAUAAAGUCUAAGGUCCUCUGCCUUGGACCACAUUUGCAAGGUAUAAACUCUUCUGCAUCCAUUCCAGGACUAAAACCUCAGUGUGUAAAUUCUAUUGGAUGCAACCCUGAGCCACAUUUGAAUGGUGUAGAUUCUUCUGCAUGUACUCCAGGGUAUCCAAGACUUCAGGGUAUCGAUUCCACUGGGUGCAACCCUGAACCACAUUUUCAAGGGGUGAAUUCUUCUGCCUGCACUCCAGCGACAAAACCUCAGUGUGUAAAUUCUACUGGAUGCAACCCUGGGCCACUUUUGCAAGGUGUGAAUACUUCUGCAUCCUCUUCAGAGCCAAAACCUCAGUGUACAAAUUCUACUGGAUGCAACCCUGGGCCACUUUUGCAGGGUGUGAAUACUUCUGCAUCCUCUUCAGAGCCAAAACUUCAGUGUACAAAUUCUAUAGGGUGCAACUCUGGACCAUAUUUUCAGGGUGUGAAUUCUCUUGCAUCCUCUUCAGGGCCAAAACCUUACUGUAUAAAUUCUACUGGUUACAACUCUGGGCCACUUUUGCAGGGUGUGAAUACUUCUGCAUCCUCUUCAGAGCCAAAACUUCAGUGUGCAAAUUCUACUGGGUGCAAUCCUGGACCAUAUUUGCAGGAUGUGAAUUCUUUUGCAUUUUCUUCGGGGCUGAAACCUCAGUGUAUAAAUUCUACUGGGUGCAACCCUGGACUAUAUUUGCGGGGUGUGAAUUCUUUUGCAUUUUCUUCAGGGCUGAAGCCUCAGUGUAUAAAUUCUACUGGGUGCAACCCUGGGCUAUAUAUGAAAGAUGUGAAAUCUUCUGGAUUAACUCCAGUUUCAAAACUUCAAGGAAUGAAAUCUUGUGAGUUCAAUUCAAGGACAAAAAUUCAAAGCAAGACAUCUGUAAAAGGCAACUCUGAACCAUACUUUCAAGGUAUGAAAUAUUCUGAGUUAACUCCAGGGACAAAGUUUCAAGGAGUCCAACUUUCAGAGAACCAACUUCAGUGGAAGCAGCAAGUUGAACAGCUUGUGUUCACUUUAGGACCUCCAUUAAGUGGUGUGAAAUCUGGGGUAGUUUUACCAGACCCACUGCUUAAAGAUGUCAAGUCUGAGGAGGUGAGGAAACAACAAUUGCUUUGUGGUGCAGACUCUGUAAAAUCGAUUUCAGACUCCGGGAUGCAGGACUUAAAAUAUGAGGUGUUUGCACCAGAGUCACGUUUUCAAAAUUUGCAAUCUGUGGACCUGUGGCCAGGAACCCAACAGAAAGGUAUAAAUAGCCAAGAGUUGAAUUUAGAAUGGCAAGCAGUGAAAUCACCAGAGCCAACUAGGACGCUCUUACCAGGUCCAGUGCUAUCUAGUGUCAAAUUUUCAAAUUCGUUUCCAGAGUCACAGCAACAAGAUACAAAUUGUUUGGCAUUUACUUCAGAGCCAAAGUUGCAAAGCAUAAAACACGCAGAAUUAUCUUCAUUAUCUCUGCAGCAAAUUGCAAACUCUGUGGCGUUAGCACCAAGGGAACUGCCUCAAAAAGUGAAAUCUGGGAAUCAAUGUCUAAGAACACGUUAUCAAAUUACAGAAUCCUCGGAAAUCCUCUGUGUAGAACAUGCAGAGAUGAUCCCAAAACCAAGGCAUCAAGUCCCUGAAUAUGUGAAUUCAAUUUUAAGUCCAGUGUAUCAAGCCACAGAAUCUUUGGAAAUGACAGAAGGACUAGCACAUAAAGGCACAGAAACCGUAGAGAAAUUUGUGGAGUUGACCCCAAAGCCAACAGGUAAAGCCAUGGAAUCUUCAAAGAUGCCUCUGCAAUUGGAUAUUCAAGUACCAGAAUGUGUUGAUCUGACUUCAGUGCUAAGUGAUCAAGAGUCAAAAUCCUUAGAAUUCACUACAGGAAAACACCAUGAAAUUCCAGCAACACUGGAAUUCCAGCAUCCUGAGAUCCCAGGAAUGGCAAUCAUAUCUAAGGAAAGAACGGUGAGGAAGCAGAUGGAGGAAUUAGAAGACUCAUUCCAGAACUAUUCCCAACAUUCACUACAAAGUUGGAGAUCACCACCUGGGUCCUUCCAGUCAGGAUUAGGGACUCAAAGAGGUCCUGUUCAGUCUUCCCUGGGGAGACAACAGAAUAUCUGGGAGAGUCACACCUAUAGGCAGAGACUACCUAGAAAAUAUCUCUCCUCGAUGCUAAUGCUGGGGAAUGUCUUAGGCACUACUAUGGAAAGGAAGCUUUGUUCUCAAACGUGUUUAGCAAAAAGAUCCAGUGCAGAUAUCUGUCAGUCUGUUCAGAAUUUAUUUGGAGUUCCAGCUGAACUGAUGGAAUUUUCCCAGCCCCUGCUAGAGAAGGGUCCAGAUACUGUUUCAAAGCCUUCAGUGUUCAAAAACUACAUUCAGAGGCAUCCUUUAUGCCAUGGUUAUGAAAAAAGAGUGGGCUUAAGGAUAUGGACACGUGGCUUCCCAUCUUCCAUAAUACAGCAAUACUCUGGGACUAGAUUGAGAAUAAAGGAAGCAAACUCAAAGCUCAAUGAUAAAUCCCAGGAAGUCACUCAGGACAUGCCAGAGUCAUGUGUAGGGGGCCAGCUUCCUACCCCAGUAGAGUCAGAAACUUUCCUCACGAUAUUUCGCAAUAGGGAAGAUCUUACUCCCUGUGAAUCACAAAGUGAUUCACAGACAAAGAUUUCUGAGCCCUCGUACUCCCGAAAACCAAGUUACUUUUCUCCGGCCAAGAAUGACUUCUCAGACCAGAACCACCUGCUACAAGAUCUGCAGCUAAAAAUUGCAGCAAAACUCAUGAGAAGUCAAAUACCUCCUAAUGUGCCUCCACCUCUGGCCUCAGGUCUUGUCCUAAAAUAUCCCAUCUGCCUACAGUGUGGCCAAUGUUCAGGAUUUAAUUGCAAUCAUACCACUUUACAAUCUACUUCUGGGCCUUAUAUUCUUAUCUAUCCACAGCUCCACCUCGUGAGCACUCCUGAAGGCCAGGCUAAGGUUCAGGUGCGUCUUGGCUUUAGGUUGCGAAUUGGAAAAAGACCUCAAGUCGCAAAGUAUCGUGGAAGAGACAGACAUACCACACCAAGAGGUCCUAUAUCACUAUCACACAAAAAAGAUAAACUCUAUCCUCCAGCUUCCAAGAGUGUUGGUCCCACAAUAGAUUUUCAGUUUGGAUCACCCCAGUCUCCUGCUCCUUUCAGAGUCCACACCAGGACAAAGGAAUGGAACAUUCCUGAAUUAGUCAGAAAGACAGAAAUUGGAGAGUCUAAGCACUAUGAAUUCCCUGAAGUUCACACCCUAUCAGAGAGUGAUUCUGAAAGCAAUCAAGAUGAAAAAAUUGCUAAAGCGAGAACAAAAAAGUGCUCUGAUUCAAAAUAUUCAAUGAAAAGAAUCCCAAAGGGACCUAGAUCACAAAACACAAAGUACUACCCAUACAGUGGAACCACAGUAGAGAGUACUUCUGGGGAAUUAGCCACCUUAAGGAAGAAGAGGAUUGGAGCAGCUCAGACAAAUACUGCUUCUUUAAAAAGACAACCUAAGAAAUCCUCCCAUUCCACCUUCAUGCAACUGCUUUUUCAAGGCCUAAAGAAGAUAUUCCAAACAGCACAUAGAAUUAUGCCUUUUGUUGGUCAGAAGCCUGAGGACAGGACAAGGGUAGACAAUUUUCGAUCAAGUGAAAACUACAGUUCACAACAAAAAUCUAGGGACUGUCGCUUACCAAGAGAUAGCAAAAGAGAGAGGAUGCCAGUUGUCAAGCAAAGGGCAGCAAGUCCAAUCACUAAGCAGGAGGGCAUACUUUGCCGAAGGGCAGACCGACGGAGAUCAGCUCAACAGUCCCAAAGAGGGAGCUUUUCCCAUCGCAGACCUCUACAACUGUCCAAGCCCACAGCUUCCCAAAGAGAAAUUACUUCCCUCGAUACCUCCAUCACUCAGCCUUUGGGUACAGUUCAAAAUGUCAGUAGCAGCAGUGCAAAGAAAAACCAUCCCAGAGAUGAAAUGUCCAGUCAACAGUCUAAGAACGGGCUCAAACCAGGAACCGGAUUUCAAGCACAACGGAAAAAUCUACCUGGUCCCCUUCAGAAGAAAACCCUGCAGAGUCAUCUCAGAGAGAAACACACACACAAGGGGCAAAACCACCGCGGGUCCUACGGGGAGGGAACCCGACAAAAUCCCUCUGAGAGGAGCCAGGUCAGUCCCUGCCAGAGACACCGUCGCAGCCCCUCGGGGAGGCGACUUCGCAGUCCCUCAGAGAGGAGACCCUGCAAGCCCUCGGGGGGGCGACAUCUCAGUCCCUCAGAGAGGCGAUAUCGCAGUGCCUCAGAGAGGAGACGCCACAGUGCUUCGGAGAAGAGCCACGGCAUCCGGUCUGAGACAACCAGCCCUCAUCAUCCGUCUGAGAGGAGAGGCCAUAGUUCCGGGACAACCCAUCAUAGUCCCUCUGAAAGGAGCCGGCACAGUCCCUCGGAGAGAGCUCCGCCCAGCACCACUGAGAGAACCCGGCAGAGCCACCCUGAGGGGAGCCAACGCUGUCGCGGUCGCGGUCGCAGUCGCGGUCGCAGUCGCAGUCGCGGUCGCAGUGGCGCUGAGAAAACCCCUCACAGCCCCGCUAAGGAGAGACUCAAGGACAGUUCCCCUAAGGAGAGGCCCAGACCUAGUUUGUCUAAAGACCCCAAGAGUUAGUCAAACGUGUUUCCUAGGGACCCUGCUAAAACACCCCAAAGCAGGGCACGUUUGGAGGUCCGAAGCUGGUAGAUUAUAGACGUCUCCGUCAACUCUUCAUCUAGCUCCCCUUUCCUGGCUUUUUGACUCCUCAGCCACUGCCUCCUAUUCCGCCUUCUCGGCAAGGAAAGGGCUUUUGGGCCUCUUUACUAAGAGGGAGGGGAGCGAAAAUGAGUCUUUCAUUUCUUUAAGAUCAAUAAAGGGGCAAUAAUUAAUCUC